AUGGGUGAAACUGCAGUCGAGCGCGCUCUGGUCCUGCCCGAGUUGCUCGCCCUCAUCCUCGAUUUCCUGGAAGACGACCAUCUUUCGUUGUCAUCAGCUAUCCGUGUCAAAUCUUUCUGGAACGAGCACGGCGUCAAGGUGCUGUGGCGAGAACCUCCAUCCCGAGCCCUGCUCAACCUCCCAGAAGAAGGCCGACAAAAGUAUGCGAGUCGUAUCGAGGCUCUGGCAUUCGAUGGAUACCGGGACUGCACUGCCCACACCCAAUACGCCAAAUUGCGGUUCCCUCAAUUGCGCUACGUUGCCAUAGACACUUACAGAACUCGAAAUACUACUCCUUGGAUAAGACAGUAUCUUCAGCCAAAUCUCAGAGAGUUCGAACUCUAUGGCGGAGAUGUCAAUGUCGACUUACAACAGCUUCUGACGGACCACUGUCCGAGACUGAGGAAGCUGGUCAUCGACAACAUCGGUUCUGAUGUCCGCGAGCUUGACUUUGUCGGAUUUCUGAAGCACUUCCGUGAGCUUGACGACAUCAGCUUGCACUACAGUGAAGGGGAGGAGGUUCCCGACGACAUAUUCUGCUAUCUUGCUGGACUCGACUCACUGCGUACCCUGGCGCUGAUGAACCUUCUGUCGGCGUCCGCAGUGCGUCUGAUGAAUGAGACCGUCGAAAAGCCAUUCCGCAGUCUGGAGACUGUAGAUCUCUACACUUGGUCAAGUCUUCUGCCAGUGAUCGUACCUGUAAUAAAACGAGUAAGGGAGCUCGAGCUGAAGAUCUACACCGACACAGUACUCAAGGUCGUCCCUUGCAUAUCACCUUUGCAAGACCUUGAGGUCCUUAUCAUAAAGUUCCACUUCUCUGGGGCCCUCGACACGGAGGACUUCAUCUCAUUGAAAACAUUCCCAAAAUUGCGCAGCCUCGACAUAGCAGGAGGAGGAGAGGCUCAAAUAUCUGCGACGCCCGAAACUGUGGACGAGGUCUUCAAGUGUCUGCCUCUGCUCCGAAUCCUCAAUUUAGGUGCAGACUUCGAAGACAGUAUGGCAUACCUGGCGGCACUGGGGCAGAACUGUCCUGACUUAGAGAAAUGUUCCUUGGGAGGUACGUUCUACCUGGAAAAGCUGAAGAAUGUUGCGGCACCCUUGUUCCCAUCUCUCCAUUCACUCGACAUGGAUGUCGUGGACCCGGCGGAUCCGGACAUUACGGGACAUGUGGCGCGCGUUGCUGCUGGUGAGAUCCAUCGUCAUGCUCCAAGGCUUGAGCGUUUUACGGUGGGGGAUGAUACUCAGUAUGCGAGGCGUGUAAGACGGCACUGGAAACAGCUUCGUGGGACAUUGACUGAAGAUGAAGAUCAAUGA